AGAUUGGGGGAACUCAGUAAGACACACGAAAACUCUUACAGAUAAGAACCUCACUAGUGAAGCAUUUUAGACAUGGAUUUAUUCAGCUGUCAAACCUGAGGUGGCACUUUGCAAAACAUGGUGCCAGUGAGACCAUUGCCUUGUUCUCUUUGUGACAAGUCUUUUUGUCAUAAGCAGGAUCUUCAAAGGCAUCAGCUAUAAUGCACUGGACAGAGAGUUUACAAGUGCACUCUGUGUGUCAAGAGUUGUUGACGAAAGACAUGGCUGAAAUGACAUUGACCAACCAGCAUGGCUGUGACAGUUAGGAGUAAAAGAAUGAUACUAUUCAUCUGUAAUCAAACAGUGCAAUGACAUCAUAGAGUAAGUACCAUUUUGGCAUAACAGUUAAUUUUUCCACAACAUUGAAUGACACAAAGUUAUGUAGUAAUGUUUAACCCUUUAACUCCCAAGAUCUGAUUGUUAAUUCUCUCUUCUAGCUGUCCAUCUUGUUAUCCAGUUACAAACAAGUUGGAAUAUCAAAUGAUAACAACUUGUUAUCCUGAUACAACACCAAAUUCUCAUUACUUGUUUGCUGGAUAGUGAAUGGAUAUUGUAAGGAGAAGUUACUUGUUUAUCACUGCUGGGAGUUAAAGGGUUAAAUGGUCAUCAGCUGAAUUAUGCACAGUUUUUGAUUGGUUCUUAUUUGUGAGUUACAGGAGAACAGACACAUUCAUGAUGUCAUUAUCAACAACACCUUUCUUUUUUUAUUGUAUGAAACAAAUAGAUUCCAUGUUGCAAUGAGUCCUCACUGGUGGUAAUACAUGUAGUGCACAGAAGAUGUAAAAAAUAUGGUGAGAAUGUUAGUGACACACUUGGCUGUGCCUGUGUGCCACAUUUUUGUUCUUAUGUCAUCUGUGAUGCAUUACAUCACAGAAAAUAUGAAAUUAAAUAUGGAAUCUAUUUGUCAAUCUGAUUAUGGCAGGAACUAAUGUUUACAACAAAAAAACACUCCUCUAAAGUUAUUGAAAUUAGACCUUUCACCUUUUUUUUUUGGGUAGGGUUGUACAAUUUUCUAUCUAACAAUGCUUGUAGUAUCCACUGUGCAUGGCAGGUAGAGAUGAAUUGGGAGGAGCUGGUCAAAUCACAAGGUAGACAGUAGUUGAGUUGCAUUACAGAGACCUGGGAUGAGAAAGUGAUGCCAGAUUUCAGGGACUGGUGAUUUAUGAAGAGGCAGAGGAGGGGGGGUCAAAGCUUUUUCAGAUUGGCAAAAGGGGGGGUGGGACCUAAACUUUUUAUUGAGAAGUUUAGAGGGGUGCUGUAGUUUGAGGUACAUUUUAAGAGUGGUCCAUUGCCCAAGGUGGGUGUUGUGCAAAGUAACCAGUAACCAUUUUACAGUUGUAUGUGUCAUGGAUUUUAAUAGUUACCAGGCAUAUAAGGAGAUAUAAGAGGUGAUGGGGGGUGGGUCAUUGCAUAAAUAUUGAAUAAAGAAGGGAGGGUCACUUGCUAUUUACAUGGCCUGGAGGGGGAUACUUAUGGUUAUUUUUAUCUUUCCAACAUAUAUUUCCAUCCCUUUCCCCCUUUGCCUAAAUGUAACACCUUAGAGUGGAAAACUUGUGCCGUCUAAUCUCAUUGCUUUUCAUCAUCCUUAGUCAUUCUUGUUCAAUUUUUUGGUUUAUCCUUUCUUAUUAGCUGUUAAUCUACUCAGCCAAUUGUUAUUAACCCUUUAACUCCCAGAAGUGAUUAACAUAAAACUUCUCCUUACAAUAUCCAUACAUUCUUCAGCAAACACGUGAUGAGAAUAUCCAAACUUAUCAGGUAGAAGCUGCUAUCUUGAUCUAGCACCAAGUUCUCAUAACUAAUUUACAAGGAAAUGUGUAGCAGCUACAGGGGAGAAUUAACAAUCAGAUCUUGGGAGUUAAAGGGUUAAGAUGUUUCCUUCCAUUCAAGGUAAAUUCUUUUUCAUCCAAUACGACCAAUGGGACUGGUUUUUAGUUUUUAAGCGCUUGUAUGAUAGAAGAACUGUUUAUUUUGUUUGUCUCUAUUAUGUGUCGUUUUACUUUGUUUGUUUUUGUUUUCCUUUAUUUCGUUGUGUCCACCAUCAUCUCAAAUUUCAAAUCCGCACAGAAACUGAGCUCGAGAUUGUUAGUCUUACAGAUUUCGCAUCUCCGAAAGUGAGCAAAAUCCAGACAUAAGAUCAAAGGGGAAAAGUCAAAAGUAUUAUGCAGGGUGAGGAAUCAAAGAGGACCAGUGUGGACGACAGGAGGAAGUAAUUUCUUCUUUUAAUUUCCUUUCGUAACCAUGAAAAAAAGAAAACAUGAGCUGAAAUCAAAAACAUGUUUUGUUUCACGGUUUUUUUUUGCAGAGGAAAUGAAUGACAAGGAAAAAAAGACAUGCUAUAUUUAGGUACAAUCGAAUAUAAGUUUCAGUGAAUAAUCGGUUGUUUUGAUCUUUUUGUCUUGAAAUGUUCCGGGAUCCAAAAUGAAAAAAGACAAAAAAAAAAUUGAGCAAAAUAUAACAGUGGCAUAGUACAUGCGAUGAAAUUUUUUUGGUUUUCUAAACUUGUAUGCACCCGCCUUACGAUUAAUUUUUAAAAAUUAGCUUUUGACAUAAACUUCGCAAACAGGAGGUAAUUAAGCCUGAUCUGACAUGAAUUUUAUCAAUAUUUAGUUUUUAGGGGGUUUUAAAGAUGUCUCUUGGGCAGACUCGGCGCUAAGCCAAGACAAUUGCCGGAGUCUUCGAAUAACAGCGCGCGAGUUGAAAAGAAAAUACAAUAUCCUUCUUUUGCGGUCUCUUUAACACACUUAAUUUUUGGCAAAAUCUACAUUUUUCCAUAUCGUCAUUCAGAUCAGCAGCAAACCAAUUGAACGGUUUAUUCGUUUUAUGCGUGGUGUCGAUGAUUUUCGUUGUACAGUUCCUGUUUUGCGCGGCGAAAAUCUCUUCAGUUACCGUCAAAACGCUCAACUCUUCUCUGUGUGACUUGGGGCUGAUCAACUGAGCAUGCGUCGUGAAGAGCCCGGAGGUGUAUACGUGAGGUGCUAACCUUUUGGACACCGCACCAAUGUCAAAUAUCUUUCAUGUCGUUUAUUAAUUGUUUGUUUUUUUCAUUCCGUCCUCCUAACAUUAUGGAAUUUCAAAGUUAGGGAGGAAGUUGAAAUUUUCUUCGAGUUUUAGGCCGCUAAUCUUGAUAAAGGCGAAAACACGUCGACUUUGUUGACGAAUCGACGGCUUUUGUCGUGAGUUCUCGACCUCUUUGGAGUAAUUGUUUCCCGCAUGAAGAUGUUAUCUUUACUUUUGCAUGUUUUUUCAAUAAAAGCAAUUGUAUCAAGACCAGCCUGAAGGAGAAAAAUUUACAUGUGUCAGGCUUUUGUCUUUAAGCAAUUAAAAUGGAAUGAACCUUUAAGGACUUGAAAUUCGCAUAAAUGAACGUCACUAGGGAGACUUAAAGUCUAAUAAUUCACUUGCUCCUCGGCGUAAGUAAUUUUCAUUGAAUAUUUGUAAUUUUUUGGGGGAAGAAUUGCCUUUUAGACUCUUUACCACUUAAGAAUUUCAUUCACAUCGAUAUUCCAGUGACAGGGAAGUUUUUUUUUUUAUCGUCGAGGGAUCAUUAAUCCUUUUAAUCAGGUUUUGAAUUUUGAGGGUAGAAAUUUUCAUGGACAUUUCAGCCAAUAUGUAGGGGUGAUUCCAUAUGUCUGCCUCACUUAUCAGUAGAAAUUUUUGCCCUUCGUAGCUUAAAAUUAUAUUAGACUCACCGGACCAAAACGCAACUUUAUUACGCAAGAUAGUUGAUCAACUAUCCAGACUUGUUAUUGACCGAAUGCCUUCUCGCGGCACGGUUCGUUGCAGUUGUUGCAGCGCUAGUUCUUGCAAGAUCUGGAUGUCAAUUCAUCACUGCCACUUCAUCACAGCAAGAUCUUUGCCCGCUGUUUUGAGGAAAGGUGACCUUACCUUCGACUCACAGCGUGUGUGUUUUCUGAGCUGGCCAUUAAGUAAUUAAGUUAAUUGUCUUGUUGCUUCGGAUUUGCCUGCUUGACGAAUACCUUUCAACCUCAACUUUACUUUCAUUUACAUUGUAGGGAAAAAACUCAAAGCGACUUCGAUAACACAUUGGAGGGAUGCAGAGGUUUUAGUCCUUAAGAGGCGACUCAUAGGACGCUAGCAGUUUUUAACUUUUAAAAUUAUUGCCGUAAUUAUCAAGGGCGAGAAGUGAUUGAGCCCGGCCACGAAGUACCAAACAAGAAAGCUUUGUCACACGAAUUGUAGACCCUGGAUUGAAGUUUUACAAGAGGCUUAACUCGAGAUGGGAUCAGUGAACCAUGAACUACAGUUUCUUCGGAGCAACCAGUUUUCAGGGGAUUUGGAGAAUUCAGAAGUCCAAGCACUACGAAAGGAACGGCAGAUAUCGCGAAAGAUUUUGGUGUUUGCCUGCACCGUGGCAGUUACCGGAUUUGUUUGCCUGGUCAUCGGCAUUGCUUUGCUUCGAAUGAACAGGCUCGAUGAGCAUAUUUCUACGAAGCCCGACAACAAUUGUGCCUCAAAUGGAGGUGAAACGAGCGUCAUAACAAAAACGACGAAUUUCACGCAGAGUUGCAGUUAUUCCGAAGAGUUUAAGAAAUCAGGUACACUUCAAGUUACAUUAGUGUUGUGUUAUUGCAUUAAAAGUUAUUCUAACGUAGGAGCGAAGCAAUUUACUACCCACCCACCAAAAUUUGCCUUCAUUGAAAGUGAGAACCAUUGAUUAGUUGUUUUACAAUUCAAAUUAACGGAUCGUUUUCUGAUAUAACUCGAAAACAGAGAGCUAAAGUAGUUUUUGGUCAAUUAGUAUGUCAGAGGUCAAACCAAAAUGAGUUUGUCAAGACUUGCAAUGUCACUGUACAAGAAUAAAAAGCUCGUUUCGCAUAAGAUCUCGAAAUCUUACAACGUUUAUAACAGACCUCUGUAUAUUACAAUCUAAAAAUAACACAACCAUAUUAAUUUCUGACUUUCAUCAUGUAUAUAUCCUUUUAACUUUUUGUUUAUGCUUUUUGUGAAAGGAAUAAUUGAAAGUCGUGUUUUGAAUCGUAUUCAAGAAGCGUUUUUUUUUUGGUUCGUUUAUCGUUGCGAGAUGAAAUGAAAAUAAUUUUACUUUUCUAAAAGGAAGUGGAAAAUGUUCCCCUUUCGGGCCUCCGCACAAACAUCUUGAAUCAUAUAUCACCAAACUUGUUUCCUCAAGCUACAAAUUAGUUGUCAGAGUGUCAUGAUACUGAAGGGCAAAAAGUCAACAAAGUGAUGAUUAGUUUGUUCGCAAAGUUCAACAAUUCUAUAAUUAAAUUUGACUGAACUCGAUUCGCCAUUGCUGGCGAAUUCUUCACCUAUUUAGCUCUUAGAUAUUACUUUCUUUUGCCGUCACUGCUUUGAUUAAAAUGAUAAAAACCAGAAAAAAACGUAAAUGAUUUAAUAUUCAGGUAGAGGAUAAAUGGAGUGCCAUGAGGAAAGAUUUUUCUUGCAUUCUACAACGAAGAAGGACAAUAAACUUCCAAGUUAUGCCAGUGAAAAGGUUCAGAUUUGCUCUUCCGUCCUAAUGAGCUAGUCUGUCAAAUUCUCUUUUGUUAGGAAAAUUAAUGACCGUAUCUGCUUUACGUCUGAAGAAUUUUAUAGCUGUUUUUAACCAGUUCGGCUAUCAAUCAGGAACAAUCGAAGGCAAAACAACUCUAAAUGACAUUGCUGACUGGAGAGAGAGUAAUAAUUACCAAAUAAUCGUAAUCGAUUGGGUAUUGUGCGAUAGACUGUAAGUUAUCAACUGAUUGCCGCCGUUCUGUUAUUCAUCUAGCAGAAUUUUUCUCCCUCGAAAUCCAAUUAUUUAUUUUUGUUUUUAGCGUACCCAAAGUCGUUAGUCACUCAUACAAAAUGGACACAUCGUCGAGCAAAGAAGCAUUAACUCAUUGGUAAAAUAUAUUUAAUGGCGACUAAAUUAGUUGUUGCUAACACAUACAUUUUGAAACAAAAAAACGCAAGACAAAAAAAUAAAAAAAACAGCCAUUCUUUCAAAGCGACGCACAGGCGUCAGUACUUCAGGAAUCGAUUAAUACGAGUAGAUUGUAUGGUGCCAAUAAGCGAUUCUUGGAAUUCAAUCGAAUGACACGUAAUGAAGCGUUUUCGUGACCUAAACUUCAUAGCUGAAACUUUAAAUUGAAGUUGCGCAAUGCUAACGCUAUCAUCGUUUAGAAGCUAAGUUUUUAAUUUGCCUCUUAAUGGGUCUCCUUCCGUUUUAAUAUUCGCCUUGGUUUGGUACCAAAAAAAACGAAGAAAAAAAAUUUAAGAAAAAAGCAGGAAUGAUACGGCUAUAAAAUUUUAAGUCUAUAUUGUCCAUGAUCCUUUUCGUGUUUAAUUUUUAUUCCACAGUUACUUUUAACUAACACCAUUAUGAACCAGAACAGACCUUGUCGCUGCACUCUGCCCGACCAUAAUAAUUAGUCAUUUUUUUAAAAAUUUAACUGAAGAGAAAUAUGGAGCAAAAUUUUGACAGAAAGCUGAGGUUCGGAAACAUUACUCUCAAUUUCUUCAACACUUUCCAGUGAGAAGUCGAGGCGUAUUAAGUCGAGCGGGUACCCAGACAAUUUUGACCUUUCAGUAAAAGUUGAGAGUACAUGGAUAUUGAAAGCUAAACUUAAUUUUAGCAACACUUAGGGCCAUAACACAAACACAGAGGAUAAAAAUAGAAAGUGUAAAAUAUCAGCAGAACGGGCCACACUGGGAAAGGAAAAUUAGAGACUUAAUUGACACUUUCUCCAUUUACCACAAGCGUGGACGGGUCAAGCUAUGAAGCCCCAAAACGCAACAGAGCACGAUUUUUUCUGCGCUUGCAUGCAAGGAAAGUUUCCGUUAUUUUUUUUUUCAACUUUUGUGGUAUAAUUUCAUAUCUUGUUAAGACUAUGCUGUACACAACUGCAACUACAUCGGCUGAGAACAUGGCAAAAAUUCAAUUCUGCUUGUACAAGAACUACAUGUAAAGUUAAUUUGUCUUUUUGAAAACGAGAAGUAGGUCUCCUGUAACUAAAAUUUCUUCUCUCUGAAUUAGCAGAGUCGAAUUACGGACAAAAUUUUUAGCUUUACGAAUUCACGUGUUGCCAUACAAAAUCGAGCGAUAUAAUUAGUUAUUGACCUAUAUUGGCCGAUUUUGAGUAGUAUAACUAGGCUAAUAUUCAAGUGCCUCUUUCGAAAAUGUGACUCUACGGGCGUGAAUAUUGAUUUCAUAAUCAACAAACGCUGAGCAAGACAAAGCAAUUUUUCUUUCAGGCUGAUUUCAGAAUUGAGGAGAUCUGGAAUUAAAUUUUUUGAGCAUGAGUGGAGGAGAUGCAGAUCUUAAACCUAUCACGCUCGCGUUUUUCCGCACCCGAGGCGGUUUGCUUGUUUUUACCGCAAAGAGUUCCUAAUAGCUCUAAAAGGUAUUUUCUAUUUUACUUUUUUCCGAUUGGCUGCUGCCGUUUUUCGGAAUCACCUUUCGCCCGGUACUUCAUGAAAGCAGUCAAGAAUGGUACACGAAAGUAAGAAAACAGAAUUAAGCAAGUCUACAUUUUCACCCGCAGACAAUCGCCCACGAAUGCAUGCACUCCUCAAUGGCUUUGAUCUUAAUUGUCUAAAACCCACGACAUUACAUCUUUUAAGUUCCUCGAAAUACUUUGUAUUUAUUAGGAUUUUCGCUCCUGGGUUAUUAAGAAGGUAUUUAAAAAAUUGAGUAGGUGUUGAUUUUAAUAAAGAGAAAGCGUGGGUUUUUGAAAAUAGUCUAUGAGCGAUUUGUAGCGUAAAAGACAUGCACCAAAUUUAAUCCUUGUAUCUCAUUUAUAACACUAACACGAUAAACCUUUUUUGAUUCCAUGUGUUUCAUGCGAGAAGUGAAAUGCGAUAGAUUUGUCAGUCAACGUGUUCCUGUUUUUUGCUUGCGCAAUUCCUUUUUUCACAAAUGACAACAACAUCGGUUAUUAAAGGCAAAUCAACGCCUGAAGAUAUUAUCACCGCCACACAUCGCUCUUUCCACAAUUAAAUAAUAAUUAGGUCUGCGAAGUAAUUCUAGAUGCUUCGAGACACUUGAGAAAAAAAAAAACCACACGGUCGUGAAUUUAUCUUAAAAUUGCAAUAUUUACACUCGAGGGAAUUCCCCGUUAUUGCAAUUCUCCUUUUUCGUAGUGAGAGAGAAACAAGAUCAGUUUUCGUCUCAGAAUAAGAUACACAACUCUCUAACUCUUUGAUCCCUGAGAGUCACUAGCAUCCUAUUUUCCCUUACAAUAUCACCCCUGAAUCAAUCAUUAAGGUGACGACCGAUUAAGGAAAUGAUCACCAAGUAAAGAAACUCUUGAUCGUAAAAAAAAAUCUCCUUGUUAGUACCUAAAGAAAUAUAUAAAGAACAGUAUGGAGAAUAUACAUACUGAUAUCAGGAUGUGGAGGGUUAACAGGUAAAGCAUUCAAUUUAUGUUCUCUGUGGCUGAUUAAUUUAAUCGCACGAUAGCAAAGCGAGUCUGAUUUAUUAUUGUCACGCAAAACAAAGCAAAACAAAAUUGUUGGUGUAGACGAAAACUGGGAAAAUUUAUCUCCAGUAGAGACACUGUUAAAUGUUAUAAAUUCGUUGUGUGUGAAAAGAUUCUAAACUUCUUUCUGUUGUUUUUGCAGGCCUCCUAAAAUUUGUAAACAAGUUGAAAGAAACGUUUUACAAGCUGCAUCCUUAUGAAGUACCUUACAAGCCACGAGUAUCGACGGAUGAUGUCAGAAAGAACUUCAAAGCAUUUAAUCCGAUUCCUUCCAGUAUAAAGGACAUCACGGACACAUCAAGGUCAUUAUUACAAGAGCUCAGUAAACUACAUAUUAACAUUGGGCUGCUGAAGACGAGAGAAGCAAAAGCACUGGCUGAGAUGAAACAUUUCCUAGCGCAUAAUUUUGGCAAUGUUUAUAAUUUUGAUUAUUAUUCAGGUACAGACUUAGUUACUGUGUCUUUAUAAAGCAAUUUUCAAUUGAGUGUGGAAAGUAAUCCACGAUUACUUUAUGCUCUAUUUCGUUCUGUGAUUGAUCAAGACUACUCGCGCGACUGCCUUACAAAUCACAUUCAAGACUAAACCGAACGAAGCGCGGGAAAACUUCGUGAUGAAGACGCUGUUGAUUUCAGUUCUACGUCUGAUUGGUUGGGAAGGUGGUGCAAAUUUUUUUGGACCAAUCACUGCGCAAAUUAAAACAAAACCAAUUGCCUUCUAUAACAUUGUUGUUUUACCCUGUGUUUUUACUUUUGAGGGUUAUUUAGUAUCAUCAACUGAGUUGUUAACGUAAAUUGGCCACCGUAAAGAGUUAAGCUUUGAAAACCAACGCAGCACCACAGUUUCUUUAGAAACUUGCCCCUUUAUUCUUUUUACUUUGGAGUUUUCUUUAGGGGAAUAGGUUGGCUUACUUGAGUGUUAACGGUAUUCUGUAGUUUGCUUUAAGUUCAAAUUAAGUUCUUAGCGUCAAGUUGUUCUGUAUGAUUCUGUUACCUGUCACGUUUCACGCAACACGCAAGUUAGGUUUCCCAUAGUGCAUUUCAGUAUUAAUUGUAUUAACCACUUGUUCGACUGAUCGGCCAUGUUGAUAAUUAUUACUUAUUACAUGGCCGAUUAUUCGAGCACAUGGUUAAUAAAAUUGAUACUGAAUGCACUAUGGAAACCCAACUUGCGUGUUACGUGACAUGUGACAGGUAACAGUUCUUGCACAACUUUGAAAACUGCUUCCGGCUUGAAGGAAGUUACGUUCAUUUCAACCCAGUAAGGUAUCAGCAAGGGUGACUAAGAAUGAAAAGGAUUCAAAGGAAACGAAAACGUCUUCUGGAACGCUCGAAAUUGCCUGACCUUCUGCCUGUAGUUCACUGAUCCAGGUCAGAAAUAGACUACAAGCAGUUCCUACUUUUCAACGAAGUCUUUCCCUCAAGUAAACAAAAAUAAUUAAAAAAUUGGUGAUAGCGCGCCUGGGGAAAGUCUAGGGGUGACCCCUUUUUUCGAGCGUCUGGCUCUGAGAACUCCGCGCAGAGUGUACAUUAGGAAGGAAGGACUGUUUAUAGUCUAAGUCAGAAAAGGAAAAUAUUUUGGGGAUUUCUAGUGUUUGAAAACGUUUGUCUACUUUUCCAGGUCAGUGGAUGCUCGGCCCAAACAGAUUUUGUUACGUGGAUGUCAUUGCCAGACUACCAUAUCACUUUCGUAUGUUCUUGAAAAAGUUGUCCCCAUCAACAAUAGAAGAUAUGCAGACCAUCAUUGAAGUUCUAAAAGGCUUUGGAAGAGGAAUUGAGCAGUACAGAGAGAACAUCGAACGUGGAGUCAGAACUGGAAUGGUAGGCUCUGUCGAAGAGUGUCGAGUGGGACUGGAUUGUUUAACCCAGAUGUAUCCGAAAAUUGGGGACAGUCUACGGGAAGAAGACAUCAUGAUGGAAUCAUUCUCAGAUCCAUUUCUGACGUAUAGGUUUUACCAAAGAUUUCAGAAGGUGGAAGGGCUGUGGUCACGGAGAGAAAAUGUGUCUUUAGAGUACUCGAUGGCGGACAGUUUGAUUAGUUACGUGGGCGUUCCUUUGGUGAAUUUAAUGCGAUAUCUUAAGGGGGAUCACAUGAAGCAUUGUGUGCCUAGUAACGUUUCCAGCGGACUGUUUAAUCGCCCGUUGCAUUAUGUGUACUAUAACGGGAUUGCUGAUGUUUCUAAGCCCGCGAGUAGGAAACUGCCCAGCGGUGAAAUAAUCGAUGGGAAGGCUGGGUACGAGAGAACUAUGCGAUUUUUUACAACAACAAAUCACACAGCUGGUAAGUGAACGCAGUUCCUUAUAUAAUUUUUCAUACCUCUGACCACUUGACUUUUUUCCUCUUAACUCAAAUGAAUUCCGCUGCAGCAAAAGUUAUGAGGUGUAUUAUAGCAGUUGAUGUAGCAUGUGCAGCUGUCACGUGACUGUUGUAUGCGCGGGAAAGUCACUUCAGUGCUGUCCCUUCAUACAACUAUGAACUGACAGGGCGUAAGUCAUUUAGCAGACGCUGUAAUGUUGAUGUUACCAUUGUUCCAACUUGCUUCACGGCAAGAAAGCGCGAUUAAACUAUGCGAAAGAGACUGAGAAAGUGGAGUACUUAGCCCUAGAAAAAUUAAUGCUACGUAGAUUCCUAGGAUUUGCGCGUUUUUGCAAACCUGUGGUGUAGUAUUUGACGAAAAAAAUUACACCACAAUGGGGGGAAUUUAUGGGGGAGACCCUUAGGACCUCUUGGGUACACCCUUGAAUACAUUAUCACUUAACCUGAUCUUCAGUCAUUUUUUCACUUCCACAGAAUCUGUUUACAAACUUGGUUGGUCCUUGUUAGAGUCUAUUUAUCCUCAAGUUUUAGACAUAGCCAAGUCUGUGACGGGAUUCACAAACGAAAGCAAAGCUGUGGAGUCAUUUCGAAAGUUAGUCCAUUCACCAUCAAUGUUCUUCAAUGAGCAACCUUUCCCCAAAAACGAAUCAGACGAGAGAGCUCAUAGGAAGUGCAACAGUGAAAAAGGUAGUGUGACUUAAACCAGAACAAUUUCUAACGAGGCAUUCGGUCCUUUUUCACGUGGAGUAAAGAUUCCAAUCUCAACAUGGGAUUUACCAACUCACCUAGCAAUAGAAGGAAAGAAAUGAUCAUCGCAGUUAAGCUGCAAAUAAAGAAUGCAGAAACGAAGGCCGCCAAAAUUCAGGCUUUGAGGAGAUUUGAACCCAGGCCUCCUAGAUACAAGUUGAGGGCUACCACCAAUUAAGCUACGAGCCUCAAUUUGGGAGCGAGGCAAACUUUAGAAGAUUCUUUGUUACAGUUGAGGAAUCUGAAAAUAUCUUAACGAGGACGGCGCGAGUUUUUUUUUUUUUUUUUUUACUAAUCACUCAUCGGUAUAAGACAAAACUAAAGCAGUCCGGAAUUAUUUUCGAAACUCCAAUGAAAAUUGACUUAUUUGUUGUAUUUUCAAUCAUUGGUUCACCUCAAGGGCCUUCAAUAACCGUUUCAGAUUACGAGUUGUGCUGCCAAUUCGGACUACUCAAAAUCUUAAACUCGCUACCAAUUGGCUGUAGACUGAACUGAUAAUGACAGGCGUGACCAAAAAAACACCACCUGUGCUGCUUAGUAUUUCCUUUGAAUCUUUACAAAUGACAGCGUCGUAGGCUUAAACCGCAUAAUUUCAAUUGCUUACUGUCGGGCUGUCUGAUCCAAUAUUCAACUUCAGACGGCUCCUCUGGAACCUGGGCCAUCUGCAAGACACUACAACUUUUAAAAAUUGUUGAUGCGCUUAUUCUUUCAAAUUUCAGCUGCGCGGGAAUUCUGUCCAGUGCGCUAUGCCGCUAUGCAACGAUGGUUCAAGUUUUCUCGCAGCACUCUCAGUCAAAUUGAGCCCAAGCUCUUGCAGAUGUUCCACUGGCCCCUAGGCCCCCGGAAGACCACGCCCGUUUGCCCUGUUGCCAUCGCAGUGAAUUUUAUGCCGACUUCUUCGGCACAGACUUACACUACAAGUUAUCGGACCUGCAAGAAACCGGCGUUUUUCCGAAUACCUUUCUUUCUGGACCGAAUGGGCCCAAAGUAUUCCGAGUGGACGACGAGUGCUCACGAAGCCAGGCCUGGUCACCACCUACAGUCUCAAGGUUACGUGGAAAAUUUUCUGUAAGUUUCAUUCGUGAACCAAGUCCAUCAAUUUACCACACGUUAAGGGUAAAAUUGCCGACGGAACCUUAGAUGUACUGAUAUUCCUAGAAGAGCGUCGUGAGCCCUCUUUCUCUUUUCAUUUCUAGCCCGUAGAUAAAGUUAAGCGUUAAUCUGAGCGCCGUCUUCUUUUCCAAUGUAUGUUUCUAAGUUACGUCACCUUUGCUUUAUCUGCGCAGGGACUGGUGCGGCCCAGUAGUAAGUGUCUUGAUCAAGAGCAGAUAUAUUGCUUACUCUGAGGGGUGGGCACUUUAUGCCGAGAAUCCUCUUGUUGCUAAGGAAACGGGUAAGAUUUGAUACAUUUUAAACCUAAUACCCUGACUGAGUACCUCAGAGCGACUCUGAGUUAUCUUGAUCAUAGUUCAAGUUGGUUUUAGAUCCGUUCAAAGUUCAAUUCAAAGAAAACGUUGUUCAAGAGUUUGUCGAGUAUCAUGCUCUGCAGACAAACAGAGUGGCAUUGAAAACUUUACGGAUAACAAUCGAUUAAAAUGUUUGUGAAUUUCAUGAUUUAAUUUCGCAUAGGAUGUUUUGAAAUAUUUUUGAAUAGCACUCUCCUCCUACUCUCCUACGGCUCGUGAAACGCAUCCCGUGCCCAUAAAUGAAAGUCCCCUCGCGUUCAUAUUGUUUCUUACAAUACUAGUCUUGGAAAUUUGAGGCAUAACUGACUGUCAAAUCAUGUAGACAUCUCUGUUGGUUUCAAUUAGUGCUUCACGCACUUAUAACUAUUAGGGACCUUUAGCAGUUAGGGCGGCAACGCUAAGGAAGAUGUCGAUUUAAAAAUGAAUAUAUAUUUUUUUGUUGGAAUUUCGCGAAUGACUGGAUGUGUUUAUCAUCUCGUGCGGCGCUGCAAGUUAACCUCAGCAUAACGUAUGAGAGCGGCGUUAAGUUCCAAAUGGAAACUUAAAUAGUUUGCCGUUAGCGUUUCCUUUCCUACACCAGGCAAAUUUUGAUGAUUUCAUGUCGUUAUUUUAAAGAGGAGAGCUAAGAAAUGUACACAAUUUGAAAACGCACCUGCUACGUUAUUGUUCUACUCAUUAGAUCUUUUGUUUUGCCUCGUCCUCGUUGACGUCGCCGUCGUGGUUUGCUUAAGGUCCCUAGUAUCGUUGCCGUGAAAGGAACUGAAAAAGUACAUGUUAUUGGGGACCAUUUACUAUUUAUCCCCUGGGAGGGGAGGGAGGGGAGGAUGAUCGGAGGGUUUUGGCAAUCACAUAUUUUUCAGAGGGAACAGGGGGGGACAUCAGUCGUCGUCAACAGAGUAUAAGGCGGGGCUAUAGAAAAUUGAUUGCCAAUUACCUGCCACUGUGGGCAGAUCAUAAGGAUAUUACAGAUCCUUAGGGGAGGGGGUCGGGUAAAUUCUAUCGUGACUCUACUAAAUUGCAGGAUCUUAACUAUCACACAGAUGUUUACAACGACAAUCCACUGAGACGAUAUGGAAUGCUGAAAUGGCAAGUAUGGCGGGCUUUACGUCUGAUCGUCGACACAGGUCUACAUUUCAUGGGCAUGACACGUGAUCAAGCCAUUCAGCUGUUUAGCGACUACGCUUGGGACGACACAGAUGUGGCUCUGAAGGAAGUGACACGAUACCAGAGCGGUCCUGGGCAAGCGACUGCGUACAUGAUAGGCCAGCAGGCUUUUAUAGACAUGCGAGAAAACGCCCAGAAGAAACUGGGGUCAAAGUUUGACAUACGGGACUUCCACUUUUACUUGUUAUCGCAGGGGCCUGCGCCCCUUGAUUACGUGGCUAAACAAAUUAACAAUUACGUGGAGUGCACCUUAAAUGGAACCUCUCCCGGUUGUGAACAGUUUCAAGCAUCUGCGCAUGAGCGAAUGCGAUUCGCCGCAGGUCAGGGAUACGAUUCUGAAUUACAGUGGGAUCAUUUGGAAGAGUUUUAUUUUCAUCCGGAAAUACACGAAUUAUAAUAACGAGCUUGGCUGAUUUUCGUUGCUAAACAAAUGGAAAAUGAAUGAUAUAGGGAAUAAAGUUUUAUGCUUUGUACCCUUUACGCAGGCUUAAUCUUCAUGAAAAGCAUAGGUCCAUCGGCUUUAAAACACGAGUUGUAGUGUAUUUCAAUGAGAGGGAACAGAUGGAUAAAUGGAAUACUAUUCCAACAAAGAAUGGAGAGUUUCAGUGUAGUGCGAGUUUGUUGAAUGAACGUAAAAUGAACUUACAAAGUCAUAACAAGUUUAAAGUCCCCUU